AUGGGAAAGUGCGCUGAGGACAAUUCUGACAGUGCCAAUGACAGGGAUGUGGGCGGGAGGGUGUUCCUGUGCAAAUCAGCCCUGGCUCUGGUUCCCGGGGAGCAUUUGGUGCAUUCACAGAGAACAGGAUUAUCUGAACCAUCCUCCAUUGCAAAGCAUGAAGAUAGCUUGUUUAAGGACUUAUUUCGAGACUACGAAAGAUGGGUUCGUCCUGUGGAACACCUGAAUGACAAAAUAAAAAUAAAGUUCGGCCUUGCAAUAUCUCAAUUAGUGGAUGUGGAUGAGAAAAAUCAGUUAAUGACAACAAAUGUCUGGUUGAAACAGGAAUGGAUCGACGUAAAAUUACGGUGGAACCCUGAUGACUACGGUGGAAUAAAGGUGAUACGUGUCCCUUCCGAGUCCCUCUGGACCCCAGAUAUCGUUUUGUUUGAUAAUGCAGACGGGCGUUUCGAAGGCACCAGCACGAAAACGGUGGUCAGGUACAACGGCACUGUCACCUGGACGCCGCCGGCAAACUACAAGAGCUCCUGCACCAUCGACGUCACGUUUUUCCCGUUCGACCUUCAGAACUGUUCCAUGAAAUUCGGCUCUUGGACUUACGACGGAUCCCAGGUGGACCUCGUUCUCGAGGACCAGGACGUAGACAAGAGAGACUUCUUUGACAAUGGGGAGUGGGAGAUCGUGAGCGCGACCGGCAGCAGAGGCAACAGGACGGACAGUUGCUGCUGGUACCCGUACGUCACCUACGCGUUUGUCAUCAAGCGCCUGCCGCUCUUCUACACCCUGUUCCUCAUCAUCCCCUGCAUCGGGCUGUCGUUCCUGACCGUACUGGUCUUCUACCUGCCCUCCCACGAAGGCGAGAAGAUCUGCCUCUGCACCUCGGUCCUCGUCUCGCUGACCGUCUUCCUGCUGGUGAUCGAGGAGAUCAUACCCUCGUCGUCCAAAGUCAUACCUCUGAUCGGGGAGUACCUGGUGUUCACCAUGAUUUUCGUCACGCUGUCCAUCAUGGUCACCGUCUUUGCCAUCAACAUUCACCACCGCUCCGCCUCCACGCACAGCGCCAUGGCCCCGUGGGUGCGCAGGGUGUUUCUCCACCAGCUCCCCAAGCUGCUGUGCAUGAGGGGUCACGUCGAUCGGUACUUCGCGGAGACCGAGGGGAGCGCGGGUGCCGGCGGACCGCCGUCUUCUAGAAGCGCGCUGGAAGCUGCGCUCGACUCCAUCCGCUACAUUGCUAGACACGUCAUGAAGGAGAAUGACGUCCGUGAGGUUGUUGAAGAUUGGAAAUUCAUAGCUCAGGUCCUCGACCGGAUGUUUCUGUGGACUUUCCUCCUGGUUUCAAUCGUCGGAUCUCUGGGGCUUUUCGUUCCUGUCAUUUACAAGUGGGCGAACAUAGUAAUUCCAGUUCACGUCGGAAAUGCAAAUCAGUGACACUUCCGAGGGGCCGAGUGUGAAUUCAGUUCCUCGGCAGACUUGCGUCUCCUGGCGCCUACAAAAUUACGAGGAUGUGCUUUGUAUUCGAUGCGCGCUCACACCUAAGUCGCUGAUGUUGACUUACAUUCUAGCGCGCUCCUUAGGACAUCUGCCUGCGUGACUGAUGGAAUAGCAGUUCAUCUCCUAAAAAUAGCGGAAUAUUGUCUGAACUCCACCAGUGAAAAUGUCGUGUCUGUAGCUUGGCAAGUAGUACUCAUUUGUAAACAGCGAGGGUCAUCUUUUAAUUGUGCUGGGAAAUUGCAGUUGUAUUUGAAGACCGAUUUUAAAAGUCUUUCUAUGUUUGGUAACGGUAUAGAUUUUAAAAUUUCCCUACCUUUACCAAAUAACAGCUUCUAUUUAGUAUAAUAUACCGCUAUAUUAAAUAAGCCAGCUACUCGAUAUGAAUGAUAAUGACUUAAAGUGAUAGAACUUUUCCAUAACCAGGACUUUUUUUUUUUUUUUCUUAAAGACAGGGGACAUGGAAGGGGUAGGUGGCAAGUACCAGCCACUCCGCAAUCCUUUUUCGCCCGUUCUCCGUGCUGCCAGGAUCCUGGGUGUGCAUGUAGCCGGCAUGUUUUCGAGUUGCUGGGACUCCAACCCCAGCUGGCCAUGUGAGACCUGGCCUUGUCUGGGCAGUACCGAUACCUAGCACUUUUUAGGAAAUAAGAAAUGAGAAUUGGUAACUCUUUCAAGACUAGCUUUACUCCUUAGCCGCUUGAACUGAGUGAUUAUUGUAUGAACUAUUUUGAUAGCUUACUUUCCAUUCCCGUUGUAAAAUCAUAGACAUUCUGUGGACAUGCACUAACA